AUGAGGGAUCGGCCCGUCAUCAGCAUCGAAAAUUACACCAUAUACUGCGGCGAUGCUGAUGAAAACAAAGUAGGUGGCUGCGCGAUAGCUGUGAGGAACGAUUACAAGAGCCUGGUGGAGGAAUUUGACUCAACGUCGUCUAGGUGCGCCUUCCUACGAAUGCGGGAUAGCAGAGGACGUAAACUCUGGAUCGUAAGUGCUCACGCACCUAUGGAAACUGCGAAAAAAAAACUUGAGAACAACAGUAAGGACGCCUUCUAUGAUGAACUCAAUGCGUUGAUGUCUAAAAUACCAAGCCAACAAAUGGUCAUUGUCGGAAUCGACUCAAAUGCGAAGAUGGGACUCGAACAGCAAUCCGAUGUGCUAGGAAAAUGGUACUACGCAGCGGAGCGCACGUCGGACAACGAGGAAUCAUCGACGCCAUCAGCUCAUGUGGCAGGGGUCAACCUUUUAAUGCCUGAAAAGCAGCGCAAGCGGAAGAUGAGACGUCUUAAGCUUCAGCUCGACUACGUUCUGGCGAGGAACAUUCCUCAGUCAGAUAUGCGAAAAUCUAGAGCUGUUUGGGACGUCGCAAUCGAGUUCUUCUCAGCUUCAAGAUACGGUCUGAAAGACGAUGAAUGCAGAACAAAAUUCCGCCAACGUGUGUCUAUUCAUGUUGGAGGACGGGCCAGGAAGAAGCCUAGCGAUGCCGAUUCCUUCACAAAGUGCAUCCAGGACGCUGCAAGGGAAACGCUCCCAGUUCUAUUGCCACGGAAGAGGUUUGCCUUUGCAUCUGCGGAAACAAAAUCCACAUACAAUUAUGUAUGUGUCGCGCGUAGCGCUGGUGACUUCAACCAGGUAAAGAGUUCCAGAAGGAAGCUGCGUCGUCAACUGCAACAAGACCGCGAUAACGAGCGGACGUCAAGAGCGAUGGAGUUUGAGAAGGCGUGGGAGGACAGGAACUCGCGGAAAGCCUACGCUUUACUAAAACAGCAUAGCGGCAAAAUGAAAAGAUGUUUCCCUGUCCUCAACACUGCUAAUGAGGUAGCUGUCGGUGAAGCAACCCUUCCAAUUUGGAAGGCACACUUCAAGACCUUGCUGAACCGGCUAGUACCGUCAGCUCCUGAACUCGAACACUUUCAUAGACCGACAUAUGCGGUUAACGAGGAGCUACCGACCGAGUCGGAGGUCCUGGUCUGUAUUCAAAAAAUGAAGAAUGGAAAAUCUGUUGGAGACGACGGGAUUAGCGCAGAAAUGCUAAAAUAUCUUCCUCCGUCUGGGAUUCGUGAUAUGACAAAGAUCAUCCGUUCAAUAUGGAUGGACGAAAAGAUACCUGAUUCGUAG